UUAGACAUUAUCUUCAAUUCUAAUUGCAAAAAAUUAUUUUAAAUUUUAAUUAAUGUCACAUUAAAUUUCAUAAAUUUGUGUUUGAUAGUCUAUAAGUGCUCAAUAGUAAGUGAAUUUACGAAAAAACAUGAAGUCGUUGAAGGAGAAAAUUUUUAGUCGUAAAGAAAAACAUAAAGAGAAUCAUGUUAAUACGAUAAGUGAGAUUGGUCUACCAACGAAUGUCGUUCGUGGUAUUCAUGUUAGUAAGAAUACAGUGACGGGAGAUUUAGAGGGAUUGCCAAAGGCCUGGCAGAAAUUGCUUAAAACGACAAUAACUGAGGAUGAGCAAAAUGAAAAUCCCGAUGCAGCAUAUCAAGCGGUGAAAUUUUACAAUUAUUCAAUAAAGAAGAAAGACACAGUGGAACCGUUUAAGCCUUUCAUAACUGAGGAAGCGAUUGUUGAAGAGUCUCUAGAAAUUGAAGACUAUCUUAAUGCCAGAAAUGCUCACAAUUCGGAAGAUUCGUUUGGUGAUGACCAUAGCAGUAGUGAAGAGAACUUUGCUCAUCAACAGCCUGAACAGCCAGAAAUUCCACCCGAGUUACCUCCACCAAUUCCGAAAAAGUCCAAUACAUUACCACCAAAACCCCCCUUACUUCCAAAACCAAAUUUAUCGACACGAAUAACAAAAGCUCCACACCAUGCUAUGGAAGAUUUACGACUCAUUGAUAAGGAAGUUAAUCAUAAUAAUAUCGAUCACCACCAUACAAACGCAAAAUCAACGAUAGUUGCCAAAAAGAGUGAUUUAACAACGUUAACUGAUAAGGAUAAUUUCUCUAACAAUAAUACAUUCAUCGUCAAUGAUAAUAUUGAGAAUGAUGAGCCAAUACUUCGAUCAAAGAGUGGCCUUAAACGUGUCACGAAGACUGAUGAGGAAGUUUAUGCUGAAUUAAAGAGCAUAUGUAAUUUAUCAGAUCCAUUAAAGAAAUAUAAGAAGCAGAAGGAAGUUGGAAAAGGUGCAAGUGGUGUUGUGUUCAUAGCAUUAGAUUUAGAAACAGGAAAUCAAGUUGCCAUCAAAACUAUUGAUUUAAAAAAUCAGUCUUCCAAAGAACUUAUAUUAAAUGAGAUCAGGGUGCUGAAAGAUUUUAAUCACAAAAAUUUAGUCAAUUUCCUCGAUGCUUAUUAUCUUGAGGAGCAGGAUAAUCUUUGGGUCGUUUUAGAAUACAUGAAUGGUGGCCCGUUAACAGAUGUAGUAACAGAAACGGUUAUGAAUGAACGACAGAUUGCAGCAGUUUGUCGAGAGGUGCUCAAUGCUAUAAAUUUCCUUCAUAAGAAGGGUAUAAUUCAUCGAGACAUAAAGUCAGACAAUGUAUUAUUGGGACUCGAUGGAACAGUCAAAGUCACAGAUUUUGGAUUCUGUGCGAAUAUUGAGGAGCAUGAGAAGAGAGAAACUAUGGUGGGAACUCCAUAUUGGAUGGCGCCUGAGGUCGUGACUAGGAAGCAAUAUGGAAAGAAAGUUGAUGUAUGGUCACUCGGAAUUAUGGCAAUAGAGAUGAUCGAAGGCAGCCCACCAUAUUUGAACCAAGCGCCACUUCGUGCUCUUUAUUUAAUAGCCGCGAACGGACGACCAGAAAUUAAAUCAUGGGAGAAAUUGUCAGAGCCAUUAAAAGAUUUUCUAAAUUGUUGUUUAGAAGUUGAAGUCGACAAGCGUGCAUCGGCUCGUGAGUUACUCGAUCAUUCUUUCCUGAAAGAUUAUGCUGAACUUAAAAGCCUUACGCCUCUGAUAAAAGCAGCGAGACGAAUUUUAAACAGGGACAAGUAAAGUCUUUCCUUUUUGUUCUAUAAUUAAUUCUUUUAUAUUAGACACCAAUAAUAUUUUUAACGCAUUUUUUAUGGUCUUUCCAAAAUUGUUCAAAAAGAAAAUAUUAAAAGUAUUGAUCAAAAAAAAAAUAAUAAUAAUAUGUGAGAACGUUACGUCGUCGCUUUAGUGUUGCUUAAAACAUUUUGUACGUAAACUUUUUAAGAAGUAAAAUGCAAUCAUUAGUAUGCAAUAUUAAAUUUCUACAGGAUAUUCAUGUAAUAAUUCAAUAUUUCUUAUGUCAAACACGAGAAAAGAUUUUACGCACAAAUAUUGGAAUUGAAAGGGAAUCGCAGUUAGAAUGAGCAAGUUAAAGGUUUUUUGAGAUUUAAUAUU